GCGCAAGGAGUUCCGGGGGCCGGCCACUUUCAGACACCAUGGCGGACGGGAGCUGCCCGACUUCCAGCCACCCGCUGAGGACCCUGACCGUGCUGCUCCUGGCACUGCUUGCCGUCACGGCUCCCUGCACGCAGGCCCGGGAGCUCCGCUUGGUUACCUUGGUCUAUCGUCACGGUGACCGAUCUCCAGUAAAAGCUUAUCCCAAAGAUGUGCAUCAGGAGAGUGCCUGGCCGCAAGGCUUUGGGCAGCUCACACAGGUUGGGAUGAAGCAACACUGGGAUCUGGGACAAGAGCUACGGAAACGUUACAGUGGAUUCCUUAAUGAGUCGUACAACAGGCACGAGAUCUAUGUACGGAGCACAGACGUGGACCGUACGCUGAUGAGCGCCGAAGCUAACCUUGCAGGUCUGUACCCUCCUGCAGGUUCCCAGGUCUUCAACCCCAACAUAUCAUGGCAGCCGAUCCCAGUGCACACCUUGCCCGAGUCUCAAGACCAUCUGUUGAAGUACCCUCUGCUCCCUUGCCCUAAGUACCUGAAGCUGCAGGAAGAAACGCGUCUUUCUCCAGAGUACAUCCAAAAAACAAAGGACAACAAAGAGUUCCUUCAGAUGGUAGCAAAUGAGACCGGGUUAUCUGACUACUCCCUGGAAUCAGUGUGGAGCAUUUCUGAUACCCUCUUCUGUGAGAAAACGCACAACCUAAGCCUCCCUGUUUGGGCAACUCCUGAUGUCCUGGCUCGACUAAGUGACUUAAAGGAUUUCAGCUUCAGAUUCCUCUUUGGAAUCCGCGAUCGGGUUCAAAAAGCUCGUCUGCAGGGAGGUGUUUUGGUGGGCCAGAUUCUGAAGAAUAUGUCAGCUAUACUACACAACCCUUCUAAUGAACUGAAACUCAUCGCAUAUUCAGCACAUGACACCACUCUCGGAGCGUUGCAUAUGGCUCUGAAUGUCUACAAUGGAAAGCAGUCUCCAUACGCUGCCUGCCAUAUCAUUGAACUGUAUGAGGAAAGCCCUGGGAACCUCACGGUGGAGAUGUACUUUAGGAAUGAAAGUGGAAAGGCACCUUACCCUUUGACGCUCCCUGGCUGUAACCAGACCUGUCCGUUCCAGGAUUUCCAGCGAUUGCUCCAGCAAGUCGUAACCGAAGAUUGGUAUCAAGAAUGUCAGGUUGCCAGUACAACCCACGAUACAAAGGUUAUCACCGGUCUGGUAGCCUGUGGAUCAAUCCUUCUUCUUCUCGUUGUUCUGCUCCUCGGGGUACUGUUACGGCAGAAGUCUCAGCCUGUGGGGUACCAUCAUGUCUCCGAUAUGGGGGAAGAACAGACCUAAUUUCGUCCAUGCCUUCACCCUCCCCAAACGCUCUCUCUAGAGAUUCCGUUUUAAACAAUGAUUUUAGUAUUUUUAUUUUUUUAAUUUGGGAUCAACCAGAAACAUGUGAAAUUGAAACUUGCAGUCAGGAGUUUCCUUGGCAACACAACAAUGCAAUACUUACAAGACUGAAGCCAUGCUCUCCUGGAUGUAGCAUAAUGCAGUGUAAAUCAAGAUAUCGGAUGAUCACAAGUCUGCAGUAACCUAUUUCAAUCUCUCUGAGUCUUUGCCUUCCAACACUAGUUUCUAGUUACCUGCCGGUGGACCCUGAGAUACAAAAUGAGUCAGAGCUUUCUUCCAAGGAAAAGGGUCAGAUAUCCAUUGUUACCAAUUAAUCAGAACGAAUCUUUAUCUUGUUCUUUAAACUUUGCGCUGGUUUCAGAAAACUGACACCCACCAAGAAUUCACUUAAAAUGCUAGCAAUCACCUUGACACAAGCAACAGCAGUGUUGUGGCCAGAGGACACAACUUCGGAAACAUUUAGUCUGGUUGAACUGGAAUGAUAAUAUAAUUGUGAUUCUUUUAGGUGUCCAGUACUGCAGUAAGAGCAAAGCACCUCGGCUUGGGAGAAUCCCUACAAAGUUUAUGGAUUCCUAAGAUUACCUGUACAUAUUUUAGUACCUGCACUGGCUGACUUUUUAUAGAGUAGGCUGUAGAUUGUUAACCCUUUAUCAAUCGAUGCCAUAACCAUCUGAUGUUUGUAGACCCAAUGCCUGCUUAUUUAGCAUCAGAAGCUAUAGGUAGAUCUGCUAACUUGAAAUUAGGCUGUGCCUUCUGUGUUGGCAUUUUGAUU